AUCUCCUGGACGAUGUGUGCGUCCAGCGCGCGCGCGACAGAUGGGGCCGUGUGUGUUUGAGUGUAGGGUUAAUGCCGACUGGAGGGGGCGUGGUUUAAGGUCAACAAUAUCCGCCUCGUUGUAGUGAACUGUAAAAGAGAGAGAGAGAGAGAGAGAGGGAGAGAGAAACCAGACAGCCACUGUCUGCGCUGUCCACGCUGGACAGCUCCACAGAAGGACGCUGGAUGUGCGCACCGCAGGAGGAAAUCACUUUUGGAGACGGCGGAGCCUGAAGGUGCUGCGACCUGAAGUGUGAGAGAGAGUGUGGACGUCCUCCUUUCUGCCGCCGCGCCCGUGGAAAGAUCUCCCCACGAAGCGACGGUGCAGCGCAGCACAGUUCCUGACUCUCCGCGGUCGUGUGGGAUAAAGGAGCGGGAGAUAUUCAGCGGAGUUAAACCCACGCGAGCUUCUAUCCACAGCCUGGCUGCUGCACCAGCGCUGACACCACCGCCUUUACAUAACUGAGCUGUGAGGACACUGGGCUGCAGCCACACACACACACACACACACACACACACAGGUGACGACACAGGAGUGCGGUCACAAGCUUUUCCUCUCCUCUCCGCGGCAUGAUCGCGCCGUGAGCGACGCCCAACAUGGACGAAGGCUGCAGGCAGGGCAGAGGGACCUUCACCGUGGAGGCCGAUGUCAUCCUCCACACCGUGAACCCUGACCUCGUGUCGCCUGCCGACAGCGAUGGGAGUUUAUGUCCGGGAUACGUUCAGGGUUGCAACAAGGACUUCAGUCCUGCUGCGGUGUUUGAGAAGGAGUACCUGUUGGAUGGAAGACUGACGGAGAACAAUCAUAUUGACCGUCAGAAAGGUAACGGUUCUGUGGAUCUCCGUCCUCAUGCUGACUCCACCGUGUCCAAUCAUGUGUCCGGCACCCAAAACUGUGCGAGUAGUGAAAUCCAUAACGGCGCCAGAUCUAAAGCGCCUCACGGUGCAGAAGCUGAGUCGGUUUUGAAAUCGAACCGCGACGCCGCUGCUGAAAAUGCACAGGAUGGAAAGGACCCGGAUUUAGUCAUUGAAGUUGGGGGACAGACGAUCAGCGCUCACAAGUGUGUCCUGGCCGAGAAGAGCGACUACUUCAAGGCGCGGCUGUCGCGGGACAUCCUGAAGGUGAAGGGCGUGAACUACAAGACGCUGUCCACGCUGAUCGACUACGUUUACACGUCGCACAUGAACGUGAGCAAGGACAACGUCGUGGACGUCAUCAUGGGAGCUAAGGUCCUUCAGAUCCCCUGCGCCGUCCAAGCGGCCAUGGACUCCAUGUCGGAACAGAUCACCGCGGAGAACUGCUUUGAGAUUCUGACCAUCGCCAAAAAGCAGCGACUCAGCGAACUGAAAGAGACGGCGUACGGCUUCAUGAGCGACAACUUCCUGCAGGUCCUCAAAGACCCCGCGGUGUACGGCCGCCUGAACGGCUCGGAGCGGGAUCUGAUCCUGAAGAAGAGAAUGGAGGGGAGGAAGACGCUGAUGGUCGUGGAGACCAACGAUGUGUUUGAUCGAGUUGGGAGCCGGCCGCCGAGUCGCUGUGGCAGUCGACCGCAGAGCCCCUCGUCGGCAGGAUCUUUAGAGGAGAACCACAUGAUUUACCACUUUAAUGAAGCCGCAAAUGACUGGAGACCUUUGACGUCCAUGCCUGAGGACAUUACUGCUAAAGGCUGUGGCAUCUGCACCAUGUAUAACUACCUUUUUGUGGCGGGGGGAAUCAAGGGCUACGGGGACAAAGGCAAAGUCUCAGACCAGGUCUUCUGUUACAACCCUAUAACCAACCGCUGGGCCGAGGUCAGACCUCUGAUCCAGGCUCGUGCACAGCUCAAGCUCGUGUCCAUGGAUGGCUGCUUGUACGCCAUUGGGGGGGAAUGUUUGUUUACAGUGGAGAAAUAUGACCCGCGCAUGGACCGCUGGACCGCCGUCGCCCCCUUGCCCAAAGGGGCCUUCGCCGUGGCCCACGAGGCCACCACCUGCAGCGGCGAGCUCUACGUGUCGGGGGGCUCCCUCUUCUACCGCCUGCUGAAGUACGACACCAAGAGGGACGAGUGGCAGGAGUGUCCCUACAACAACAGCAGGCGGAAGUCCAGUGACAUGGUGGCGUUCAAGAGCUUCAUCUACCGCUUCGACGUCAACCGCGACCAGGGCAUCAACGUGUACAAGUACAACACCAUCGUGAAAAUGUGGCACGACUGCGCGUCGCAGCGGCUCGGGAGUCACCUGCCGUUCAGGUGCGCAGUCAUCGGGAACUGCAUCUACUGCGUGAACAAGUCCCAGACUCUGCAGUUUGUGGUGGAGGAGGAGAACGCCUACUUUGUCGAAGAGACACUGAGGGCACCUCUGGAGGCGAAGGGCCUCCUCUUCCCUUUUGUCCUCACUUUGCCGGAAAAGCCCGAAAAAGUGACAUAGUGUGCGUGCGUGUGUCUGCGCGUAACACAGCGUGAAUCUAGAAUUGUUAGAAGACCUUAUAUACACUAUUCAGUGUCGGCUUUCCCCUCUCCGUGUGUCAUUUGCCUGCUUGCAGUGGAAUGUGUGUAUCUGCAUGGCAAUUUUACAGGUUUACGCCUUAAAGGAAAAACUUUUGUGUGUGUGUGUGUUGAAUGGAAGCAACUUUAUUUGAACCUCACCGCAGAGACGAUGACAGUAGAUUAUCUUGUGCAUUUCUCGUGUUCACUUUAGUUUGGUGCAAUUCACUGGUGCAAAUGAACGCGAUUUAUAACAUAUUUGAACGAGCUUACUGUCCAGUUUGGUGACAGGAACAAGAGUCUUGUUGAAAGUCAGGUAUGAAUGAUGUGACACAGGUUCUAUGCAAAAGAAACUGAAUCUAUGAGAGUGUUUGCUGCUAUGCUGUGCUAUUUAAAGGCCCAGUAUGCAAUAUUUGAGUCCCACUAGAGAUCGUGGUUGAGCACAAAUGUCAGACCUCGUUCUAUCUAUAUAUCUCUCCUUGUUUAAAAUCAUGUUUUAGCCAAAGAAUAAGCUCGCUUCUUUUGGGGGGUAAAAUCCGGAGAGUCACCUUCAGCUGAAAGCUUUGAACUACUUUCUACUUUCUUACGACACUGCAACAUGCGAGGCUCGUUCGAGGUCACAUUCGAGUAAAACUCAUUCACCCAUUUUCAAAUACAGGGUGUCAAUAAAGUCUCUUUAGAAUUAAAAAAAAUGUAAAAUACAAUAGAAUAAAUCUGGUUAAGAUAUCUUAUCAACUGCCUGCCUUGUAAUACUUUUUUAAAAUUGUAAAGAGACUUUAUGGACGCCCUGUACAUCUGCUGGACGCCUGAUAAUGAAACACAGAGGAGUGUGGCGCCACUGUCUGUACUAUACUUUGUUUGGCUGAGUGUUGCAUACUGGUCCUUUAAAAGUAAAUAUGAGUGGAUUUGACUGGAUGGAUUACAAUGUCACAGUGACACGAUUCCUCAUACACUGAUUUGAUUCAUUCUUGUGAACGAUUGUUGCAUUGCGAUGAGUUUUCUGCUGUAUCCGUCCUCUAAACUGCACAAAUAAUGUACCUCCAAACAUUUAUGGAGAAACACAAAUCAGAAAACUGACUGGUAUUUGUUGUCGGGUUACGAAAGUGGAAGACAAAUGACCAUGGGAAGGAUUCUAAACCACAUCGGGCUGAUGGACCACUGAGGAUCAAACGGACAAUCCGACAAAGGUGAUGUCCACUGACCACAGAGUUCCGCGGCUCCAGUAGAAGCGGAAAAGACGUGAUGCUGCGUGGACUGACGAGACUCGAAAGGGCUGCCCUGACAUAGUGCCUAUCCUCAUGGAAAAAUAAGUUCCUUGCACAUUUGCCAAAGAUGAAUAAAUAUUCUGAGGCGAUGAAAAACCUUUUGCAAACUUGCAUCUAGCGUUAGUCCUCUCGACACAUGCGUUGAUUUUUUAUUUGCUGCUAACGGGCACUUUAUGGACGGUUUAGGACACCUCUUACUGUCAUUUUAGAGAAACCACAGCAGAACCCUGUUCACCUGAAGAUCAGAUCCGACCACUGUGCUGUGUUUCCUGGUCUUUCAGUAGUGUCCCUAAAUGCCACUCUUUGCUUUGUUUGCAGUUGCAUUAAUAUAGUCGGGGGAGUUUUGAACAAAUACUUUUAAUAAUAUUUGCAGAAGUGUAUCGGUGUAGUCAGUGGGGCUCAGACAAAAUGGAUGUGGUUUUGAUAUUUUUGGCUGGCUGGCUGGCUGGCAUCUGUACUUUUGUGACUUUUUUGUAAGGAUUUGGUCAUUUUGGAUCUGCUGCUGCUGCUGCUGUGAUGGACAGUAAAGUGAUGUAAUGUUAAUGGGGCUUCCUGUCUGUUCAUGGCACAUGGAGUGAGCUAACAAAAUAUGCUGUUGGAUAAUGUGUAUCAGUCGGGAUUAAGUGUUUCAAAAUAAAAUAUGUUGUGGCUGGAAAAAAAAA